CCUUUUCCAAGUAUAUCCACCGGCCAAUUUUGCCCAUUUUUAAGGCAUGCUCGUGACAAGCUUCCCCAAAAUCUCGAUUCCCGGAGUGAGUUCGCGCCCCUCCACUCCACCACCGUUCCCAAAUGUCCUCCGGACACCAUCUCGCCGUCGCCGCCGUCGCCGCAGUGCUAUUCCUCCUCUCGCCGCCGCCGCCUUGCGCGGCCGACCCCGACGACGAGCGCUGCCUGUCUCACCUCCACCAGUCCCUCUCCGACCCCUCCGGCGGGCUCCGCAACUGGACCAAGGCGGCGUUCUCGGCGCCGUGCGACGGCGUCUUCUCGCACCUCCAGGGCGUGACCUGCAACAACGGGCGCGUGUACAAACUCGCCCUCCCGGGGCUCUCCCUCGGCGGCGCCAUCCCGCCCGAGCUCUCCAACUGCACCGGCCUCCAGUCGCUGGACCUCUCCGCCAACGCGCUGUCCGGCGCCAUCCCGCCGGAGCUCUCCGCGCUGCUCAACCUCGCCGUGCUCAACCUCUCCUCCAACGCGCUCUCCGGCGCCAUCCCACGGGAGCUCGCCGGCUGCGCCUACCUCAACGUCAUAGAUCUCCACGCCAACCAGCUCUCCGGCCCCAUCCCCGACGAGCUUGGCCUCCUCGUCCGCCUCUCCACCUUGGACGUCUCCGACAACCGCCUCUCCGGCCCCAUCCCCGUGCUCCUCGCCAACCGCACCGGUGGCGGCACGGCGGCCGUCGGGACGGCGAGGUUCAAUGCCAGCUCGUUCGCGGGGAACAAGGGCCUGUACGGGUACCCGCUGCCGCCGCUGCGGAAGCGGGGCCUCUCCGUGCUCGCCAUCGUCGGCAUCGGCCUUGGAAGCGGGCUGCUCAGCCUCGUGCUCAGCUUCUCCGCCGUCUGCCUGUGGCUCCGCGCCACGGACCGCACGGCCACCACCCCCGGGGAGGAGGGCAAGAUUCCCCAGCUCAUGCCGGACUACUGAAUUCAUCCAUCAAAGGAGGUUGCAACUUUGGACUUGGGGAUGCCUUGCAAUUGAGCUGAACCACAUGGAUUUAUCUAUCAUCUUGGCAUGCAACAAAGACUCCAUCUUGGGCACAUUUCAACUAGUAGAUUCGUGAUGCCAAGGAUAUUGGAUCCUGGAACGGGGGGUGUCGGGAUCAGAGCAGAGCAGACAUCCUUUUGGUGCAGUCAGGGUGUCAGUAUUGGAUCGAGUACUGUAGUUUUUAAUUACUGAUGAUUUUUUUUGGUUUUUUUACUUGGACUGUUUGGUGCAGCUCCUUCUGAUUGGGUGUUUUUAGAUCCCAAACUUUUCAAACUUUCCAUCACAUCGAAAUCACAUCGAAACAUUAAAUAUAGCAAAUGACCCAUGUAUGGAGUA